GAACAAAAGGUUAGAGCCUUUGUUUCUUACCGGUUCAUUUUACAAGGGGACUGCACCGGAAGUCACCAUUCCAAUUGCUUCGCCAAAAAGCCUCUGGGUCUCAGAUCUGAGCAGACAUGACCGACAGAUACAACAUCCACAGUCAGCUGGAGCAUCUACAGUCCAAGUACAUCGGCACAGGACAUGCUGACACCAGCAAGUGGGAAUGGCUGGUCAACCAGCACAGAGACUCUUACUGCUCCUACAUGGGACAUUUCGACCUGCUCAAUUACUUCUCUGUCGCUGAAAAUGAGAGCAAAGCACGUGUCCGCUUUAACCUGAUGGAGAAGAUGCUUCAGCCCUGGCCUUAA